AUGCAAUAUCGAUUUACCUGUGAUAGCACUAGUAGGUACAAGGGAAACAUAACUUCUAGGGUCUGGAUUUUCGUAAAAUAAUGCAGCAUUCAGGCCUUGUUCCGCAAAUUGCACAAUAACAUCCUUUGAACGUUUUUCAAAUUCACGCUGUGUAUUAAUAGCUUGGCUUUUUACAAUAUCCUGAACAUCUUUUCGAUUCAUAGUUUGCCAAUCGUAUAAUCUAUAGAAAUUUGUUAUUAUUUUGCUAAUAUUUAAUUUACAUAUUAUCAUAGCGACUGAUUUUAUCGUACCUGUCGAUUUUAUUUAAAGCUACAAUGAAAGGACAUUUCUUCGAUUUCAGCAAAUUAAUGCUUUCGAUGGUUUGUGGCUCUAAACCGUGCAUAAUGUCUACGACUAAAAUAGCUAUGUCACAUAGAGAAGAUCCUCGAUUUCUUAAAUUACUAAAAGAUUCGUGGCCAGGAGUGUCUAUUAUCAAAAGUCCAGCUUGGUAUGCGAAAUUAUCAUUUAAGGCGUAACACAAAAUGGUGUCCCACCUUGAAUUUGGAUAAAUUAUGGACAUUAGUUUCUGAACAAACCAGGCUUAAGUACAAAGAUUCAGAAGACAAAGUUCCAGUAAUUGAUUUAGUUAAAGCGAAAAUUAUGCUAUAUGUGGUGGUGGUGGAGGUAUUUGCAUGCCUGUAGCUAAAAGUGCUGGUGGUGGUGGUACUGGAUUAAAUAUAGGUGGUCUUGGUGGUGGUGGAACUGGUACCAUAGGUGGACCUAAACCAGGUCGUAUUAAAGGAACAGGAGGUGGUGGUACUUUGCCAACUGAAGGCUUUUCGUUCUUAAAUGCAAAUUGCAAAAAAAAUUGUUUUGUAUCCUUAUUCCAAUGUGUCCAAAAUUUGCCUUCUGCUUUUUCAACUUCUCUACUAGGUACCUGUGUAAAUUUAUACAUAUUUCUGAGUAUAAAAUAUUGGUAAAUGAUUUUUUAAUUAUAUCUUUAUAUUUUAAAGUUUACCUUGAAAGCUAUAGUUUCAUAAGGUUCAGCGGCAAACAGUAG